AUGGCCAUGGCCAAGCCCCCGCUUCAAACGGUCACGAUCAUCCUCCUCGUGCUCCUCACAGCCGCAUCAUGGCUCCACACCGUCGAUGCUUCCGCUUUAGGGUUCUGCUGGGGCAAGUGCAGCGUUCGGUGCGUGCAAGCGACUGCGGGACAGGCGCGAGCCGCGUGCAUGAGCUCCUAUGGCCUCUGCUGCAAGGCGUGCAACUGCGUGCCGCACGACAUCCAUGACUGCCCCUGCUACCGCAACAUGCCCACCGUCGACCCCAAGAAGAGGCCCAAGUGCCCCUGA